AUGGAGGUCCUGCCUUCCAGACACACUGGGGUGGAAGUUCUGCCCCUGCAUCUUUGCCGCACAGGGGUUGGCCACCCAAGGCUUCAGGAGGCCUCUCACAUGGCUUUGCUGCGCUCAGCCCACACUGCAGUUGUAUAUCUAACCACCUUAUGGGUGAGCUCUGGCUGCCUCUGUUUGGGCUACUACUGUCCCCCCAUCUGCUGCUCCCAUGCCCCACCAGGAUGGCGCUUCACUUCCUCUGAAAUUGUGAUCCCCAGGAAGGUGUCCCACAGGGGGUCUGGAGCUGAUACAGGUCAGCUCUCCUACAAGAUUCACUGUGGGGGCCAAAGAUAUGUGAUUCACAUGAAAGUCAAAAAGAGCUUGCUGCCCAGACAUUUUCCUGUUAUCACCAAUAAUGGUCAAGGUGCCAUGCAGGAGGAUUACCCCUUUGUCCCACGAGACUGUUACUACUACAGCUACCUGGAAGGGGUUCCCGGGUCCGUGGGCACAGUGGAUACCUGCUCUGGCAGUUUGCAUGGCAUGCUGCAGAUGGAUGACUUCACUUAUGAAAUAAAGCCACUGAAGGCUUCUUCCAAAUUUGAGCAUGUGGUAUCUCUGCUCAUUUCUGAAGAAAGAUCAGCAGAGCUAGGAAAGUGUGAGAUUGAAGAGGAAGGUACAAAUGAAGCAUAUGCAGAGGAAAUACUUGCUGAAACUCCUAGAGCAGGUCCUGUGUAUUUGUGGUGGCCACAUAAGAAAUACCUUAAAAUACACUGUACUGUUGCUAACUCACUAGUUGUUCAUAAUACUAAUCACACAAGUAUAAUAGAGAAUAUAGUGAUUUUAAACAACAUUAUGCACACCAUUUACAAACAAUGUCAUCUGGAUAUCAACAUAUGUGUUGUGUGCAUAUGGGAUGCUAUGGAUCCAUUUAAUAUCUAUUUAUAUGCUGAUGUGCAAAAAACUUUAACCGAUUUUGGUUUGUGGAAAUAUUAUGGAUUUUGGGAGCAAUCCCAUGACACUUCAUUGCUUCUUACAGGACAUAAAAUCGGUGGGGUCUCAUAUUGCGCCCACCAAAAUGGAGUAUGCAACGCCAACUGGGGAGCAUCAUAUGUUUUUGUAGGAAAUUACCACAUAUUUUUAGCUGCCAUGGUUUCAGUGCAUACAUUAGGUCAUGGCCUGGGUGUUUCUCAUGAUUACUCUGGUUAUGUUUGUUUUCGAAGAAGAAAUUGUGUCAUGGUGCCUACACCUGGUCUUCUAGAUACAUUCAGCAAUUGUUCUUAUAACAGACUACAUAUAAAGCUUACUCAUUGGGAUCCUUGUUUGAGUGCUCCAAAUGUACCAUAUGAUAAUUUUCCUUAUGUAGCUCCUCGUUGUGGUGACAAGAUCAUAAACCAGAAGGAAGAAAGUGACUGUGGCUCCUUAAAAGAGUGUGCUGACAAUAAGUGUUGUGAGAACAACUGUUCCCUCUCCCUUGGCAGUGAGUGCAGCCAAGGAGAUUGCUGUGAUAACUGCAAAUACGCUCAACCUGGAAAGAUUUGCAGAAACAUGCAUGGUAUUUGUGAUCUACCAGAAUACUGUGUCGGGAAUGCAGAAGACUGUCCAAAUGACUUUUAUAUCCAGGAUGGAACCCCAUGUUCAGCAUUAGCCGUUUGUGUGAGAGGAAACUGUAGUGACUGUGACAUGCAGUGUCAGUCUCCUUUUGGCUACCAAAUAAAAGACAGUUCACCAGCAUGCUAUCAAAAACUGAAUGUGAUUGGUGACCGAUGUGGAAACUGUGGGGUGAGGCUGACCCGAGGAGGAGGAACACCUGUUAAAUGUGAAGAAGAUGAUGUUUUCUGUGGACUGCUGCACUGUAGCAAUGUCCACCAAAUUUCUGGUGGAGGUGAUCACACUACAUUUCACCAUGUAAUAGUACAAGAUGUUAAACAGGAAAGAUGCUUUGGAUAUGAUGCACACCAUGGGACCAAUCUUCCAGAAAUAGGUCUUGUAGUGGAGGGUGCAACAUGCAGCUCGGGAAGAUACUGUUUAAAACAGAAUUGUACUUAUUAUCAGGACAUGAAAUUUGACUGUGAUGUCCAGACCUGCAGUUUCAGGGGCGUGUGCAACAAUAACAAACACUGUCACUGUCAGUGAGGCUGGAGGCCACCAGACUGUAAAGAGAAAGGAUCAGGCGGUAGUUUAGACAGUGGCCCUCCACCAGACACAGAGCCACGUCUUCAUGCCAAUGUACUUGUAACUGUAAACAAGACCCUAGUUCUAUUAAUUGUUCAUUUAAUUCUUCUUCUGAUUUCAAUUGUUAUUGCUAGUCAAGAACCUUCUCCUGGAUCGAGGUCUCAUUUAGCUGGCAGGAGAUCUUCCUGUAUUGGAUUGCCUGAAAACAGUAUUACUUCUGUUCGCUUUGAGGAGUGGGCGAGACGAGACAACGCAACGACGGCUGGAACCACGACUCCCAGAAUCCCUGGCGCUCCUAACGCUCCCGGCUUCCUCUUCCGGUCCGGCAGCAGCGGAAACCGAAAGGGCGGUGUGGCCGCCGCUAGAGGUUGGUUCACCUUCACCUGUGCGAGUCCCUAG